AUAGCAUAAAAGAAAUAUUAACAUUAAGGAUUCACGGUACAGUUGAUUGAAUUUUGAGUUAAUAAAGUUUUGAAAGUGUUGCCAAAUCGCCAAAAAAAAUGAAAACACUUGUUGCAGCUGGUCCCAAUUUUGUGUUUGCAAAAUUGCAAUUUGUAAUCACCGGCAUCUUGACACUUAAUGCUUAAGAGAAAUUUUGUCUUUCGCACCACAAAAUAAUACUUCUAACAAGUAAUUCCUUCAAGAUAUAUUUCCAAAUACUAUUUAACAAAAAAUCUAGUGUAUUGAGGUUUCGACUUUGUUUUUCUGAGAAACUUGAAGGUCGUGUAACAUUUAAUGAAUAUUGAUAAGGUUCAAGUUCAACAUGUUUAAACUAGGCACCAAUUUGACUAGGAACACGGCGAUAAUUUUCAAUCGCCUGAUGUCAUCACAAGAGCAGGAAGUGUUGUUUGAGACAUUGAACAAUGCCGGAGUAAUCACACUCAACAGACCAAAGGCAUUAAAUUCCUUGAAUACCAACAUGGUGACAAUGAUGCUGCCGCAACUGCAAGAAUGGGAGAGAAGUAAAGGCUUGGUUAUCAUAAAAGGUGCUGGAGAAAAGGCAUUCUGUGCUGGGGGUGACGUCAAAUCUGCAAUAGACAGGGUGGAAGGACCUAAAUUCUUUCACACAGAAUAUAAUGUUAACUACUUAAUAGGAAAAUACAAGAUUCCAUACAUUGCUUUUAUGGAUGGUAUCACUAUGGGGGGUGGUCUUGGUGUGUCCGUACAUGGUAGAUACAGGAUUGCUACCGAGAAAACAUUGAUAGCCAUGCCAGAGACUAAGAUAGGACUGUUCCCAGAUGUGGGCGGGUCAUACUUUCUGCCCCGGCUGCAGGUCAAUUUAGGAUUAUAUCUAGGCUUGACAGGUGACAGGUUAAAAGCAAAAGAUGUUGUGAAAUCUGGAAUAGCAACUCAUUUUGUGCCAAGUAGACGUUUGUUUGAGCUGGAGAAACUUCUAUCUCGCUGCAAUAAUGACUCGGAGAUCCGUAAUUUGCUCAACAAGUUUAAUGAGCCUCCCGAAGAGUUCUCAUUAGCUUCCAACAUCAAACACAUCAACUACUGUUUUGCUGCAUCCACUAUUGAGGAAAUCAUCGAGAGACUGCAGAAAGUGCAGAAUGACUGGUCAAUUAAAACUUUAAAGACUCUGAGCCAGAUGUGUCCAGGCUCUCUGAAGAUAACCCUGCGAGCGCUGCAGCGUGGCGCGCAGUUGGACUUGCCACAGUGUCUGCGCAUGGAGUACCGCCUCGCAUGCCGAGCCACUGAGAACCAUGACUUCCCUGAAGGUGUCCGAGCUCUCCUCAUUGACAAGGACAACAACCCGCAGUGGAACCCAAAGACUCUGGAUGACGUCACAGAAGAUUAUGUAGAAAAUUAUUUUAAGAAGCUCCCAGAGGAUCGUGAACUUAAAUAUUUCGAUGCCAAACUUUAAUUUGUUACAAAUACUUAUUAAUUCCACAUUUCCUAACAUUUAUAUAUAAUUAUAGGAACUCGAAAAUUUUUCUUUUAAAGGGUAAAAGUAAAAAGGAAAAGUUUUACAGGUAUCAAAGUAAUUCACUUUUUAAUAUAAUAGUUAACGGAAACUUAGUGCAACUUUUUGGAAAAUAAGUUUGGUGAAAAAAAAUGGUUUUUAAAUUAGUUAAUUAUAGAUUUAAGAGAAACUAAAUGAAAUAUUGAAAAAAAAAACUAUUUGCCAAGAUAAUCACAAUAUUUCAAUGCAAAUAACUCAGAGUAAUUAUUUCACAUAUGUAAAUAUACAAAAGAGCAGAAAAGCUUUAUCUAUAUAAGUCAAUGGCAGCCUGUUUAAUGUAUAAAAUUUAAAGACUGUCUUUACUAUUAUUACUAUGCGUAGGCUUC